AUGACAUUCUCUAUAGUAUCUUUUAAUGUGAAUGGGUUUAUACCUUGUUUGAUAAGGAAAGGAUAUAAGGAAAAUGAGAUAUCAAGUUUUUUGGAUGAAAUCUACAGCUCAGAAGUACCUUGGAAUGGUGUAGAACUACCAAGACCAAGCAUUGUUUGUAUACAAGAGUGUAAAAUGAAUAGUGAAGAAGAUAUAAAUUAUUGUACUGGGUGCCCAAAUAGACAUCAUGCUUUUUAUUCCUUACCAACAAAUUAUAAACGUUACAGUGGAGUUGCAACAUUCUGCCGUAAAGAUGAAGCCACUCCUAGAGAAGCUACAAGUGGUUUUUCUUGGAUAGAAAAAGAGGAUAAAAUUUUUAAGAUAGAGGAUAGUGAGAUAUAUAGUGAUGAAAUAAAAGAAUUCAAUUAUGAAGAAAUAUUGAAGGAACCAAAGAAUUAUCGAAAAUUUGACUACUCUCUUAGUGAUAUGGAUAUAGAGGGAAGAUGUAUAAUAACAGAUCAUGUAGAUUUCUUAUUAGUUAACUUAUAUCUACCUUUAGUUAGAAAAGUUCUAGCUGAUAACUUUGAAAAUACUGAUAAUUUAGCCAGCUUGACUAGAGCAUCAUACAGAUUAGCAUUUAAUCAGUAUCUAAGGUUAAUGCUAGAUGUUAUUACUACUAAAAAUAAGAGAGAUGUAAUAUUAGUAGGAGAUAUGAAUGUAACACUUGAUGAUAUAGAUUCAUAUUAUGAAUACAAUACUUGUAAGAAAGACCGAGUAGGUCAUUUUAAAGAAUUAGAAGACUUAAUGGAUAUAUCAUCUUCUUACUCAUUAUUUUAUAAUCAGAUUCGCACUGAUAUGAAAUUACUGCUUAGAGACUUUAAUUUGAUAGACGCAUAUCGUCUUUUUUAUCCAGGUAAAAUAAAUAAGUAUACAUGUUGGGAUCAGACUAAAUGCUCAAGAAUUAAUAACCGAGGUAGUAGAAUUGACCUUUUUCUUGUUUCAAGAAAUUUAAUAAAUAGAGUAAAGGGAUGUGAAAUUAUAGAUAAUGUUUGUGGUUCUGAUCAUUGUCCAAUUGUACUUAUAAUGUCAGGUAAUUUACAAAAUAUAAAUCCAAAUACUCCACCCUCUUUGUGCUCAAAAUAUCUACCAAGUUGUAUACUAAAACAAAGUUUGUUAUCCAAUUUUUUUGUAAAAGAAAAACCUAAUGAUCUACAAAGGCCUGUUUUAGAAAAAGACCGAACUUCUAAAAAACUCAUAUUGGAUAAUCAAGAUAAGGAUAUACCUAAUUGCAAACAUGGAAUGAGAUGUAUUAAAAAGUAUGUAUCUAAAAAUGGUAUUAAUAAAAAUCGAUCAUUUUGGACAUGUUCGAAAUCAGACUUACUAAAGUGUAAUUACUUUGAAUGGGUAAAGGAAAAACGUCAAUUAUGUUCUAUUACAACUUUUGUUAAACAAAAUCAAAAAAUCAAUUAG